CCAGUUGUGUUAUCAUUUGCAGGCGAAACAAAAACAAAAGUCGAGCACUUGAUAAGGAAAUCUGAAUCGCGCACUAUGAGACCCCGCCGGAAUAACAAUAACAAUAGCACUAACCAGAGCAUUAGCGAAAUGGAUAAGUCGCCCCGUCAGUUCGGCGCAACAGCGUCCCAAAGCCAGUGAUCGAAGAAGCGUGCGCUGGGAAACAUGUCAGCGCCUCCAAACGUAGCAGCAAAGCCAGCAGGAGCACCCAAGGAUCGUCCAUCUGCGGAGUGCUCGAGACCAGGACAACGCGCCUUCAUACUCGCCCUGGACGUGGGCACCACCUGUGUGCGGAGCUUCGUACUGGACGAAGAAUGUGUGGUCCGGGGAUCGGCGGUGGAUGCUGUGGAGCUACUGAACCCGCAGCCGGGCUAUUUCGAAAUCGAGCCCGAGAGCUUGUGGCGCAAAAUCGUUAGCGUUAUAACGCAGGCGGUGAAAAAUGCCCAGCUGACACCCACGGACAUCACCUGCCUGACCAUCUCCACGCAGCGGUGCACCUUCCUCACGUGGGAUCAUCGCACUGGCGAGUACUACCACAAUUUCAUCACCUGGAAGGACCUGCGCGCCGACGAGCUGGUCGAACAGUGGAACACCAGCUGGACAAAGAGCUCCAUGAACUGGAUGUCGUAUGCCCUGUUCCUGCUCACCCGCCAGUCACGAUUCCUCGCCGGCAGCGUCCUUAAGCUGAUGAAUGGCCAGGUCACACCAAGGCUGCUCUUCGAGAUAAUGCACAAUAAGAAGUUAAAGCAGGCGCUGAUGCAGAAGAAGGCACGUGUGGAGCUGCUGGAUUCGUGGAUCCUGCACAAGCUCAGAACUGGCAGUAGUCGCGAUAAGGAUGUGGAGCACAUAACCGAUGUAACCUCGAGCACCGCGACGGGAUUGUACGAUCCCUUUACGCUCAGCUGGUCGCCGCUUAUAAGUUGGUUGUUCGGCAUUAAUUCCAAGAUCCUGCCGCGUGUGGUGGACAACGGCUACAAGGGCUUCGGGCAUGUGCAUCCCACUGCCUUUGGUCCGGAGUGGGCCAACACACAGAUACCGAUUGCUGCCUCCCUGAGUGACCAAACGGCUGCCAUUUGGGGCUCCCAGUGUUUCCAGAAGAACGACGUCAAGGUCACUAUGGGUACUGGUGCAUUUCUCAAUUUGGUCACGGGCGAUCGCUGUCAAGCUGCCAUCUCCGGCAUGUAUCCACUGGUGGCAUGGCAGUUCAAGAAACCAACGAGACAACAGGGAGCCGUCUACUGCAUUGAGGGAGCAUCCCAUGACUUUGGCACCGUGGUCACUUGGGCGCAAUCGUGCGAGCUCUUCGACAGUCCAGCGAAUACCUCAGAUAUUGCUCAGUCUGUCCCAGACACGAACGAUGUGUUCUUUAUGCCCGCUUUCAGUGGCCUGGGGCCGCCGGUUAACGAUUAUCGGUCAGCAAGUGGCUUUAUUGGACUCAGUCCGUCCACCACCAAGGCCCACAUGGUGCGGGCUUUGCUCGAAAGCAUAGUCUUUCGUCUGGUGCAGCUGAUCGAGGCCGCUGAAGAUGAAACCUCUCAAAAGCUUCAUAUGAUUAGGGUUGACGGCGGUGUCUCCCGCAACGACUUCGUCUGCCAAUUCCUGGCGGAUCUCAGCCGACUGAGAGUGGAGCGGGCGGAGAAUGCGGAGAGCAGCAUCAUGGGCGCCACCUUCAUGGCGGGCAUCAACCACGGAAUCUGGCGCGAUGUGGAGGAUCUCAAACGUUUCCGGCAAGUGGAGCGGGUCUUUGAACCGCGUCCCAAGGAGUACGAAACCAUUGCCAGCCGGAUGGACAAAUGGAGCCGGACAAUUGCUCGGUUCAGUGACUGGUAUUAGACUAAAAUCUUCUUGUUUGUCUUUGUUUUUGUUAUUUAUUAGUCACUUAAAAGAAUAGGUAGCGGUAAAAUAAAAUGCUGAAUUUUUCAUAUU